AUGGACAGAACAUCCGUUGUGAACUACUGCUUAGGACUCCUGAGUUUGUUAAUACUGCAGGGAGCGCUGAGUGUGGAUGGAAGGAGCACGUUCAACCCUGGAAACCGUGUUUUCAAUCCCAAAGAGGAUACAGAGGCCCAGAGCAAGAUUCUUGCACUCUUACUGCACAAGAGCCUAGUUUCAGUUGAAAAGGACGAUCCUCUAGGUCUUGAACUGGCCAACAAAUUAGCUGAAUUAGAGGAGCUCCGGGCGCUGAGGGAGGACCUGGAGCUGGAGAGGCAGAUCACAGCCAAUUUGGCUGAGGGCAAAGCUCUAACUCAGAAGAGGGGCGAACCUUGCUUCUGGAAAUACUGUGUGUGA